AUGGAGACUCAUUGGACUAUUGCUAUCUCAUUAUUUCUCAUAUUAUAUUCUUUGCAAUGGUUGUACAUUACACAUUCAUGUGAUAAUCAAGUUCUCCAAUCUUAUACCAAUCGAUCUAAAUGGAGUGAACUUGAAUCAUGCUUUGCGUUAUAUUCUUCGUUUGGACUUGCCGUUAUUGUUGCUAAAUUAUCAUUUGGUUUAUCUCAAAUUUAUGAUGAUCCUACCCAUUUAUUGAUGUUAUCUGUAACGCAGGCUUUCGAUGUAAUACAUAAGGAUCUUAAGCAAAUAUUCAAUGAACUGUGGACAUGUCUAUCGAAUGGAUUAACAAAAGUGUAUGAAAUGAUGACACUUCUGAAUUUAUAG